AUGCCCGCCACCACCUUUAACCUGCCCAUUGUGGGCACUUCCAACGCCUCUACUACUGUCAUGUCGUCGGCAAGCUCCGUCUCGUCGUCGUCGACGCCUGACCACCUCACAAUGGCCGUCCUCGGCUGUGGAACCAUGGGCAUUGCAAUUCUCUCGGGCAUCCUAACCGAACUCGCCGACAUGGACGCCCCACGGCCCCUGCAGGUCGUCACCUCGUCUGCUUCGGUGUCGUCGCUGUCCGCGCUCUACACGGCGUCGCAACCGACCAACGGUACCUCGUCAUCAGCAUCCGCCUCAGCUGCUGCUGCGGCCACCGAAGAGAUGCCGGAGCGUCUGCCCACGCACUUUUUGGCCUGCGUGCGCCGCCCCGAGGCGGCCAAGCGCCUGCGGGCUGCCCUUUGGGCGCACUCCUCCGUCGUCAAGGCGGUGGUCGACGACAACGUCGCCGCUGUCCAGCAGGCCGGUGUCGUGCUCCUGGCCUGCCAGGCAUCCGAGGCGCCUGCCCUGCUCGCCAGCCCGGGCAUGGCCCGCGCUCUCCAGGGCAAGCUCCUGAUUAGCAUCUGCCAGGGCGUCACCGUCGCGCAGAUCGAGGAUUAUCUGCAUGGCGAUGCCUCUGAAACUGCGGACGCAUCGUCCGCUCUCACGGCCACCUCGCCGAAGGCGGAGGCGCGCUGCCGCAUCGUGCGAGCUAUGCCCAACGCAGCCAGCCUGAUUGGCGAGAGCAUGACCGUCGUGGACACGUCGUCGGCCUCGGGCCCUCUGCCGGCCGAGACGGCUGCUCUCGUCACGUGGAUCUUCCGCCGCAUCGGCAACGUCGUGCACCAUCCGUCCCGCCGCGCCGUGGCCGGACCCGGCACCCGUGCUCUGGCGACCGUCGACCGUGUAGCUGCAUCGUCGGCUGCGGCAUGCACCGCCCUCGGUACUGCUGGUCCCGCGUUCUUUGCUCUCGUGCUCGAGGCCGCCAUUGACGGCGCCGUCGCCAUGGGUCUGCCGCGCGCGGAGGCGCAGCUGCUAGCGGCGCAGUCGAUGCGUGGCGCGGCCGGCCUGGUGUUGCAAAGUGGCGAGCACCCGGCACUGCUGCGGGACCGUGUCAGCACGCCCGGCGGUUGCGCGAUCCAGGGUCUCUUGACGCUGGAAGAGGGCGGCGUACGCAGCACGAUUGCGCGUGCCGUGCGCGAGGCGACGGCCGUGGCCGUCCAGGAGGGCAAGUAG